AUGCGAGCUUCUGUCAUUGCCGCUCUAAUCCUUUCUGCUUCUACUGCUUUUGCAGCUCCUCUCAAAACUGAUUCAGUUGAUAAGAAGAUUGCUAGCUACGAUACUCCUAAAAACGUUCAUCAAGAUUGUGAUAAACACAAUGUUCAAUGUAAAGCGAUGAAUGAGGAUGUUUACGGCACUGCUAAUUACGGUUCUGGAGCGGUCGGGAAACAAGAAGGUCAUUUGGCUCACACUGGUUCCCAAGUCGCAGCCAUGGAAGGACAAUCUGAUCUCGCCAAAACUCUAGCUACUGAUGGCCCUGUCAUCCAACAUGAUCUUCAAGGAAGAGACAUGGGUUUACCAGAACAUAAAGAAGGGUUCAAGCAAACUGAAGGCAAAGGAAAUUCCGAUCUUAGCAAAACCUUGAUGAAAGAUAAUUCAAUGAUUCACCAUGAUGUCAAACAAAGAGAUCAUGGUCACUCGGAAUACAACGAAGGACUCAAACAAGCGGGUAAUGAAGCUUACCCAUCUGGUUUAUUGGGUGAGACCGGUAAAUUCGUUCAAACUCAAGGUGAAGCAGCUGAAACUGCAGGAAAAGGAUUGAACGUCAUGGGUAAAGAAGCCAAUGGUCAAACUAAGACUGCUCAAAAAGGUGAAAAAGCACACGGCGGUGAAGUCAUCAAUUCUGUGAUUAGCUAG